GGACUAGAAGCUUCAGCCCCGAAGGAGGCGCCGGGUGCGAGUGGCUGCGGCAGCCGGUGAGGGGAAGGAUGUCCGUGAGGCAGGGCCGCGCCUGGCGGGCUCCGGGUUGCAGCGGGGUGGCCCAGGGCACUACGGGGCUGCGGCGAGUGACCGAGGGUGGCGGGGCCUUGCUGCCCUAGACGCGGCUCCUCAUCCUGGGCGCUGAGGGUCGGGCGGCCUCCGCGGCGACAGUCCCCUCCGCUCUCGCUGGGUCUUUGGUGGGCGACAGCGAGAGCUCAGGCUUGGUAUCCCGAGCAGGGGUCUCCCUGGCCCUUGGGGACGUACUGGGCAUGGUGGAGAGCCCUCCGAAACACGGCUUUUCUCACCUCGGUACCGUGACACCCCCUCCCAUCCAUCCCUUCGCUGUGGGAGCCCAGUCACUAGGACCAGAUUUGAGACAGUUUCUGCCCUAGACAGCUGACCCCCUGUCUCGGAUGUGGCCUCAUGGAUGAGCUGGUACAUGACUUAGCUUCAGCCUUGGAGCAGACAUCUGAGCAGAGUAAGCUUGGUGAGCUGUGGGAGGAGAUGGCCCUGAGCCCCAGGCAGCAGAGACGGCAGCUUCGGAAGCGCAGAGGCCGGAAACGCAGGUCUGACUUUUCUCACCUGGCAGAGCAUGCCUGCUGCUUCAGUGAAGCCUCGGAGUCAAGUCUGGAUGAAGCCACCAAGGACUGCCGAGAAGUGGCUCCGCUCACCAAUUUUAGUGACUCUGAUGAUACAGUGGUGAGCAAACGGCACCCAGCUCUCAGUGCCAUCAUUAGAAGUAAGCCACACUCUUGGCAUGAAUCUGACUCCUUUACCGAAAAUGCGCCUUGCCGACCACUCAGGCGCCGGCGGAAGGUGAAGAGAGUGACGUCAGAGGUGGCCGCCAGCCUUCAGCAGAAGCUGAAGGUGUCAGAUUGGAGCUAUGAGAGAGGCUGCAGGUUCAAAUCUGCCAAGAAGCAGCGUUUGUCCCGCUGGAAGGAGAACACUCCCUGGACCUCAUCAGGACAUGGGCUGUGCGAGGCCACAGAAAACAGGACUUUCCUAAGCAGAACAGGAAGGAAAGAGAGGAUGGAGUGUGAAGCGGAGGAAGCGAAGCAGGGCUCUGAUGAGAACAUGUCAGAAUGUGAAACUAGCAGUGUAUGCAGUAGCAGCGACACAGGGCUCUUCACCAAUGAUGAAGGACGGCAAGGGGAUGAUGAGCAAAGUGAUUGGUUUUAUGAAGGAGAAUGUGUCCCCGGAUUCACUGUCCAUAACCUUCUGCCCAAGUGGGCUCCUGAUCACUGCACUGAAGUAGAAAGAAUGGACUCUGGACUGGAUAAAUUCUCAGAUCCCACAUUCCUUUUACCUUCCCGGCCAGCUCAAAGAGGAUACCAUGGUCGUCUGAAUCGGUUGCCAGGAGCUGCAGCUCGGUGCCUCAGGAAGGGGCGGAGAAGGCUGGCAGGGAAGGAGACCAGCCUAAGCAGUCUAGGAACCGAGAGGAUAAGCCAUAUCAUCAGUGACCCCAGCCAGAAAGAAAAGAAUAAAGCAUUGGCUUCUGAUUUUCCUCCCAUUUCUGCUUGUGCACAUGAGUUUAAUCCUCUCUCCCCCCUUUACUCCCUGGAUGUUCUUGCUGACUCUUCUCAUCGAAGGUGUUCCCCUGCACACUGCUCUGCCAGGCAGGCAAAGGUACACUGGGGACCACCAUGUUCACGUGACAUUAAGAGGAAACGGAAGCCUGUGGCCUCAGCAUCUUUACCUAGCUCUAGGACAGUGCACCCAGAUGUGUUGGAGCUAGCCACCCCAGCCCAGAAGCCUCCCCACUCUGAGUGGUUAGACGGGACCUCUGCAGCAGAGAAAGCUACUGCCUCAGCUCCAGCCACGUAUUUCAAAAUGCCACAUGAAAAGAGUUCUGGAUGCAGCUAGAGCCCAGUGGCUGAUGGGUGUUGAAACUUCGUAUUAUACAGCCUUGGUGUCCUAAUUGGCACCCCUGGUCCUUGCACCACCAGGACUCACUCCUCUUCACAUGCAGCGGUGGCUCUUUCUUUUAGAAGAUCUUAUUUGGGGAAUCUUUUUCUGUAAAGCAGCAAGGCAGCAGUUUUCCUUGAGGGGGCGGGGCAUCUUCUGUUGUAUCCCUUACUCUGUUGUUAGCCCGCUGCUCACCUUCGCUGCUUUCCUAGAGCUGGGCAGCUGUGUCUUUGUUCUAGUAACAGCGUUGGCAUCUCUUCUGCAUAGAGCUUUUACUAUCACCAGUGAAGUCCCAAAUUCACAGCCAAUUCCAAACACAUUCCUCCAUGGGAUGUGUCUGUGCAGUAUGGCUUGCCAUCAAGCCUUUAUUUACUCUGUGCCAGUAAGAUACACCGACCAGGUUCUCAGUUUGGGGCCUCAGAAGAGACACCAGCAUGAGGGGUUGGGAACUUCUUCCACUGGGCUUGCACAUGAACUAAGGGAUCACUGGCAGCUGCGUUGUCCUUGACCUCAUCUUCAUGGUCUGUGUUCUGCUGGCAGAGGGCACAUCUAAGCUCAGAGGUUGGUGUACAAAAAUGCAGAUGGAGGGCUGGAGAGAUGGCUCAGUGGUUAAGAGCAUUGCCUGCUCUUCCAAAGGUCCUGAGUUCAAUUCCCGGCAACCACAUUGUGGCUCACAACCAUUUGUAAUGAGGUCUGGUGCCCUCUUCUGGUCUGCAGACAUGCACACAGAUAGAAUAUUGUAUACAUAAUAAAUAAAUAAAUAUUUAAAAAAAAUAGAAAAAAAAAUUAAAUGCAGAUGGAGGUUUAGGUGAGCAGCAGAAUAGUCAGUGGCUGGUGUUUGCUCUAGCAUUCUGAUCCUGGCUUAAUUACAUUCUGAGUGGGACUUCACUGUUCGUUAUUCUAUAUAAAAUAAUGCUCUGUUAUCUGAGAAGGAAAAUGUCUUUGGGACAUGCCUCUGUGUGGCGUGUUUAUGACUGCUCAGCUGCAUGUAGAGCUGUAUAUACGGUUGUGCCUCAAGUCAAUGCUACUUUGUCAAAGUGAGGAAUAUGUGACUGCCUGGAGCUGCUGGGGAAAAGCCACAUUUCCCAAAAGUAUUCUCAAGAACACCUGUCAUUCAGGGGCCUGCUUGACAGGGUGCUCUUACUUUGUAUCAACCGAGUGCUUCUACUCUGAAAUACACAGGAGCUGAUGUUAAACCCUCCCUGCUUUGGUCACAUGGGACCGAACACCUCUCCCUUAGACAGGUGCCUCGUUUUCUCAAAGUGUAAUUGUCCCUCCCACACAGUGUAAUUAAUGCGAGUUGGGCAGGCGGUCAGAGUGUGAGUCUGUAUGGAAAGGGGACUCUGAGGCUGGUUUUAUAGAUUCUGUGGAAGGCUGAGAGCGUACCAGCUGGCCAUAAGAGAGUGGUGAAGGGAGAUGCAGAUAGAGAUCAUAUAAUGGAGGGUAACAGCGCAGCCUCCAGUCCCCCAGAAUCACCCUGAUUCUUAGGAGUGACUGUCCUAUGGGGUGUCCCAGCUACGUCCACAGAAGGUAGGGAAUGUGGCACUGUUUGGUGGCUCAGUGAUGAAAGUGGGCUGUGUUGUGCGUUCUCACCUAGACUUAGUUCUGCAGUGGCCUGUGGAACACGGUUCUGACAUCCUGGCUUGGGCCAAGGGAGAGAUCUACUGAUGACACUUAAACCAGUUCCUAAACUUCAUGCAGACAUUGAUGAUGAUGGCUUUUGAGACCGCCACGGUUAGGUGCAAAGAUAUUCCCGUAGCUCUCCUUUGUGGUCCAUUGCCAGGUCGUCCUCUCCUACCUGGGAUUUAAAGUAGUUUAUAUAUACAUAUUUAUUUACACUUUAAAUAUCUCUCUGAAGCCAUGCCAAUUUUCAGAGGUAAAGGCAGACUUGCAUAUUGUAUUCAGGCACAUGAGUAAGCCCAAACAAGCUAUAGACUUAGAUGCUAUUCUGCCCUGGGUUAUAUAUAUAAUCUGUGUUUCUCAUUGGUAUCCCUGGUCAGUCUGAGACCCAUGUCAAUAAUGUUUUUUCAUGAUUGUUUCAUUUUUCUUGGUCAUGAAUUUCUAUACAUUUCUGAAUAAUUUUGACAGGGAUCAGCCAAGAUUAUAGUAUCUACCUGUAAUGAAUGAGAAUAAAGUCAUUUACCUGAGAAAAUAGAA